UGCUUGGCACAGAUUUCAUUCUUAAUAAUUAUUUCUCCCACAAACACAUUAAUGAACUGUAUUUUUCUCAGAUUUGUGAUUUUCCAUGAGGCCUAAGAUAGUGUUUGGCAAACGGAGUAUCCAGAGGUGACUGGUAAUUAGUCCCACUGACCAAGAGGGAACUUCUUCCCCCAGAAUAUUGUCUGUCUUGGGAUUUAGUAAACCUAGGUAGAGAGGGAGCUGAACUUUGUAGUCCAAGGUGGUGAAUAAGGAUGAUCAUUACACACAGUAAGUUCAUUAGUAAUCUGGGCUGUCUCUCUUUCAUACUGAAGGAGCCAUGAAGGAAGGAAACCAGUCCUCUACCUUGGGUUUCAUUCUGCUGGGAAUUACUGGUCAACAACAGCAGGAAGAUGUCUUCUUCAUUCUCUUCCUGUUUAUUUACCCCAGCACACUGAUUGGAAAUCAGCUCAUCAUCUUGGCCAUUCGUUCCGACAUUCGCCUUCACAACCCCAUGUACUUUUUCCUUGCCAAUCUCUCCUUAGUUGACAUCCUCUUCUCAUCUGUAACCGUCCCUAAGAUGCUAGCAAACCAUCUCUUGGGCAGCAAAACCAUUUCCUUUGAAGAAUGCCUAACACAGAUGUAUUUCAUGAUUGCCUUGGGUACAACAGAUAGCUAUAUCUUGGCUGUGAUGGCAUAUGAUCGUGUGGUAGCCAUCAGCCGCCCUCUUCAUUACACAAUAAUUAUCAGUGCGAGGUCUUGCUUUCUGCUUGUUGUUGGGUCUUGGGUAAUUGCAAAUGCCAGUACCCUCCCCAACGUUCUGCUCACAUCUAGUCUGUCCUUCUGUGGCAACCACGAAUUGGCCAACUUCUACUGUGACAUUUCCUCUUUGCUCAAGUUGUCCUGUUCUGAUAUCCACUUUAAUGUGAAAAUGAUGCACAUAGGGGUUGGUGUUUUCUGUGUGCCGUUAAUGUGCAUCAUUAUCUCGUAUGUUCUAAUCUUUUCCAUUGUCCUACGUGUUCCAUCCACUAAGGGCAUGCUCAAAGCCUUCUCUACCUGUGGCUCCCACUUCACAGUUGUUUCUUUGUAUUAUGGGACAGUGAUGGGCGUGUAUUUUUGUCCUCUGACCAGUUACAGCCAGAAGGAUGCAGUGAUAACUGUGAUGUAUACAGCAGUGACCCCAAUGUUAAAUCCUUUCAUCUACAGUAUGAGAAACCAGGACAUGAAAGCUGCCUUGCGGAAACUCUUCAGCAAGAGAAUUUCCUCUUAAACAACUUGAGGUCAUAUAUUGGGAAGGGCAGUCACCACUAAACAUGCACAUAAGAUUCCAGCCCCAAUGUCAUCCCUCUCCAUGAAACCGUCAUUGAUCUUUCCAGCCAGACAAUUCCUCUUCUCAAAAAUCUUGUAAUAGUUUGAUGAGACAUCUUACUGACACUUUGUACACGUUGUUGCUGCUUUUGUCAGAGUGA